AUGACGAUUCACAAACAAUAUCCCCCUCGCAACUACGAGACCUUCGCAGACAGCGCAGAUGCGCUGAACCAAUCUCCCACAUCAUACCGACAAGGAGGCGAUGCAGACAAAUCGCGCUCGGCAGCAGUUGAAGCUCGGAGACUGGCGUCUCAAGGCUCGUGGGCCGACAACUUUACGGGCGGCACGCCAGCCACAAACAGGACGCCAUUAGCCUCAACGGUGGAUGGCGACGAGGAGAGGGAUGUCGAGUACCCAGAUAUUCCACAAGAUGGCGAUCCAUCCGAUCCUCCCCCAGUCUAUACUCCCUCCGCCAGUACGCAGACAGCAUCGCAAUCCCCCUUAGCGCCUGCCUCCCCAGUGGCUGCGAGAUCAGUCCCUGCUCCAGUCCCCGGGCCAGUAAGCACUCCCAACACACAAACUCCUUCACACACACGUCCUGCCCAAAGCCCUUUCCGACCGAAUGAAGAGGGGGGUCCAUCGGCUCUACCUGAAACUGUCCGACAAUCGCAGCAAGGUAGUUCCAACUAUCAUAGCCAUGACCACGAUGAGGAAGCAGAAGCAGAUUCGGACUCAGACACUUUACCCGUCUUCUUGCAGCAACAACAGCAGCAGCAGCAGCCCAGACGAAAGUGGUGCCGUGGCCCUCGGAAAGCUCGGUCGUGUGGUAGUCGGCGACACGGUUUCGGACACCGCAACCACGACAAACAUCGAGCCCGCCGCUUCAAAAAGAUAUGCUUCUUCCUGCUCGCGCUACUGGCUUGCCUCUGGCUCCUGAUUCCAGGGCUCUGCAAGUCCUUCAAGAAUGACGGCCGAUACGAUCUUCCGAACUUUGGCAAGCAGCCAUCGCAGACACCAUGGCCACCCGAGAAACGUGAACACCGCGAGCACGAGACCUUCAGGUCUAUCACCGGCACAUAUCAACUGUACGAUCUCCUUGAUUUGUCUACAACGAGCGGUAGCAUCACCGUCACAAUCGAAGUUCAGCCUGGCGAUAAGCCGGCUGUGCUCCGUCUUGCAAGCCAAGCCGGAAGUGUAAACGUGAAGAUGACCUCUGGAGGUGGCUUGUUCAGGAAACGAUUUAUCUCUGAAGUGGCAAAGUCGAGGGUCCUUCAGACCGAGAUAUCUAGUAGCGCAGGCAGUGUCUCGGGCAACAUUGUCCACGGAAAUGGCGGUUCAGCCUCGAUCUCUACAAACGCCGGUUCUAUCCACUUGGAUGUCUACACCGUGGGCGUUUCGGAGCUGGAUGCGCAUUCCCGUCUUUCGACUGUUACAAACCAGGGGAGCCAGCAUGUCAAGGUGUACUCCGACAUUAGCAACACCGAGCCAAUCCGCGCUCUUGAGGCAUCCCAUACAGUGCGUGGCAGUGGGAGUAUGACGAUCGAGUAUCCGACCGAGUGGGAGGGGAUGGUGCACAUGACUUCCUACGGCUCUGGCAGUGUGGCUGCCAGCGGCCGCGGCUUGGUCGUGCGCAAGGAGAGCAGUCAUGAGCUAUAUGGUUACAAGGGAUCGAAGGAGGGGACAAAGGUUGAGAUAUCCGAGCUUGGGAGUGGUAGUGUGAGAUUUACAUGCUGA